UGAAUCCUCCUCUCCUAACAACAUGUGUUGUAACUACGGGAACUCCUGUGGCUAUGGCUGCGGAUGCGGCUAUGGAACUGGCUGUGGCUGUGGCUAUGGCUCAGGCUAUGGCUGUGGCUAUGGCUCACGUUGUGGCUGUGGCUAUGGCUCAGGCUGUGGCUGUGGUUAUGGCUCAGGCUGUGGCUGUGGUUAUGGCUCAGGCUAUGGCUGUGGCUAUGGCUCCCGUUGUGGCUACGGCUAUGGCUCAGGCUGUGGCUGUGGCUAUGGCUCAGGCUAUGGCUGUGGCUAUGGCUCCCGUUGUGGCUACGGCUAUGGCUCAGGCUGUGGCUGUGGCUAUGGCUCAGGAUGGGGCUGUGGAAAAGGCUCCUGUUGUGGCUGUGGAUAUGGCUCUGGCUCUGGGUGCUGUGGCUACCGGCCACUUUGCUACCGAAGAUGUUAUUCUUCUUGCUGCUAGAUCAUCACUCUCCAAACCGCAUUUGCUUCUGAAAUGACACCACCAAAGUGACAGCUGAAGCAAGAAUCUAUACCUCAAGAAUUCUACAUCCAGGAAAUUGCAUGCUUGACAGAGGCUUUGACCCCUAGUGAACGUUUGUGAGGAUGGGAUCUCGAGGCUCCAGGCUGUGUGAUAUCAUCGGACUGUUUCCUAAAUAUUGGUCUUUGUUCCCUUAAUCUGGAUUCUGUGUUGGGACUGUCCCAGGGAU